AAUUUUUAUUUUAAUUUUUUUGCAACUUUACAUAGCAUGUUUCCAUUUUGCAUUUAUGAAAUGUUUUCUUUAUAUAAUUUAUUAUACUAUAAAUAAAUUAUACUAUAAAUAAUCAUUUAUUUGAAAAAACAUGCGCACUAAUUGGAGCGAAAACGCGCGGAAUCUCUGAAGCGGAAUCUCUGAAUCAGUCAGUUGUAGUUCCGCGGUCGGCCGCACGGUGUCAGUGCGGCGCAGGUUUUAUCACGGCCUUCGGUCAGCUGUUGGGUUCUUCACGCUCUAGCGUUUCGCGAACCGACCGCGGCGGCAACGUUUGAACAGAUUCAGCUCGAGGCUUUCUCUCUUUGCUCGCUCCAGCAUGGAUGUCGGAGUGACCCCAAGACGUCACAACCCUGUGGACAGCAUCUGCCGCAAGCUGCAGACCAUCCAGAGGCGAGAUCAAGAGGCUAACUCUCCCUUUCAGAUCCCUAAGUUCCAGUCCAGCAGCUACGACAGCCCUCACUCGGGUCUGCGCCUCAACCUGGAGGCCAUCCUGAAGAAGCGUACCGUCCGACCUGACGGAGACUCUGACCGCGAUUCGUCAGGGAGCAUGCUGACCCCCACAGCUUCCCCGGGACCGGGGUCUGCCGCCAACACCCCUCGGGCUCCCAUCACACCCGGCAAUGCCACCUAUACCAUUACCAGCACUCUAAGCGCGUUAGGGGAGAGGAGAAACACAGCAACGUACAGCCGGCCGUUUCGGCGUAACUGCUCCACCCCAGCAGCCCAGACCGGGGACAAUUACUUUAACUUUACCCCACGCUACUCCACACAAACCCUGCUGGAGGGGCCUGACACAGAGGUGAAGACCCCAAAAAUCCCAGCCCCUGGCUUGUUCUCGUAUAACUUGAACUUCUCGUCAGAUAUUUCUAACAUGGACGGCGAACUCGCCUACCCGGCCCUUGUGGUCAAGAGGCUUUCACUGGGCGAGGGAUCUCUGUUUCCCUCUGAGCCCAAGAAGGAGAGCAUGGCUGAGGUCAGUUUGAUUUGUGAGGAAGACCUGUUGGAUACUAUCUUUCAGGCCUGUGACACGCACUGCAGAGGUAAAGUUUAUGUAUCGCACAUUGUGGACUUCUUGAGACACACCACUUGUCGCAGUUCAGAGGACAGUGGCCUAGAGGAGCUCUGCAAUAUGCUGGACCCAGAGCACAAAGACAUCUCCAUAGACCUGGACACCUACCAUGCUAUCAUGAAAGAGUGGAUCGAUGAUUGUCGGAACCAGGGAAAGGACUCAAAGAAUGACACCCAACAGGAAUCGUUCAAACUACGGGACAGUUUAACAGCAAGAAGAUCUGCUCUAUUAAAUAUGACCUCAGGUAGUCUUGAAGCAUUCGGAGGGGAAGUCUCCAGAGCUGACCUGGAGACAUCAGAUCUGGUCUUCUGUGUGGCGGAUCUGCAACUUAAUAACCAAAAGCUGCAGGAGGAGGUUCGUAAACUGAAGCAAGCGGUGGAAAGCAUGGAAGACACCAACCAGAAACUCAUUGAGGAAAAUGAAGAGCUUAAAUCACAAGCUAAAAUAGGGCAGCAGUUAUUACAGAAGGAGAAGAUGCUUAAAGAGGAAGUUGAGGAGAUGAAGCUGAGCCUGACCUCUUCAGAAGAAAGUCGGGCUCAGGCCUCAGCUCAAAGGAAGCAGAUGGAGCGGGAAAACCAAAGUCUUAUAUCUAAAAUUGCUGCUCUACAAGAGGAGAACAUGAAAGUCACCCUGGAGGCAGAAGAGCUUCAGAAAAAGAUCAGUGACCUCUGUGACCUUAAUGCUGACCUCCAAGUUCAAGUUCAUUCAUUUGAUGCCAUUCUGGCUGACAAGGAGUCAAUAAUUCAGGAGAAAAAUAAACAGACAGAUGAACUGAAGUUGGCCGUUGUGGAGUAUUCCUCAGUUACAGAGCUGUUGAGAGCUGACAAGAACAAACUGGAGAGUCAAAUGCAGAUGAUGCAGCCUGAUAUGACAAUCCCAGGUCUCUCUCUCUCCGUGGCCUACAGACUGAAUCAGAUGAGUUCAGGUUCUCUUCAGACAGAGCUGGCUCUGGCACAGAAUCCCCUGGAGGGUUUGGAGCAUUUAUCCUCCUCCGUUUGUUUUGCGUCUUCUUUGGAUGAGACUCUAGAUCGCGAGGUUCUUCUGCUUCUCCAAGGCCCGACUCCAGAGCAGCUUUCGCUGGAAUUUAAAACUCUGAUCAGCAGACUGAAAAGGGAGUUUAAGGAAGAUGGCAUCACCUGUCUCGCAGCAUUCAGAGGCUUUACAGAGACCGGUGAAGCUCAGGAGAUCAACACUGACCUCAAGAUGCAGGGCCUGGAGGUGCAGCUUGAGCAGAGAAGGAGUGACUGGACCCGCAGUCUGGAGCAGUUGGACCAAUACACAGACUCUCUAGAAAGGGAGCUUCUAAAGAUGGCUAGCAACAUGCGUCGUUCUCGUACUGAGAUCCUGCACCUGUCUGUCAAGGUACAAGAGCAGGAGAAUCAAAAGCAGCAGUUGCGAGAGGAACUAGACAGGCUGAAGACUCCGCUAGACAACAGAGAGGCCAGCAGCCAAACACCGGAUCACCUACAGCAGGUUGCGGAAGAGCUGGAUGACCCUUCUCUCGAAUGGGAUGAGGAAUACGUGUUGUCUGAGUCUCCGCCUUUACAAGAGCUCAGGCCUGACCAGGAGAUGCUUCAGGAGCUCUGUUGUGAUGAAGAGGAACUACAGGCCCUAAAACAGGAGGAAGAGGAGGAGGUGGAGCACACAGAGACCGUAAGGGACAAGGAGAUCACGGAAAGGACUGAGGGAGAAGGUGCAGCAACACAGGAUUCUAGGGUAGAGACAGAGGAGCGACAGAGAGACCCCACCCUCACUCAGACGCCGCUACCAAACAACACCACUGACAGAGAAUCACAAGGUCAAAUGGGGGGAACUCUGUUUGUAAAUGAGGGAGGAAUGCAGAGGCCUUGCAUAGCUCUAAAGGAGGAAGACAGACUCCCAGAAUGCACUGGGCCUGAGGACGCCCACGAGCAGGCUGCUCCUCUGCCUCACACCCACAGUCAGUGUGCUGAUGCGUCUCUGAGCUCCGAGACGCCCCGUGAACCAGUGACCUCAGUCAAACACCUUAUUUCGUCUACUGAACCUUCUUCCCUUGUGAACUCGGAGAUAGCAUCUCCCUCCACGGGCCAGCCUGAAGUUAGAGAUUCCAUUACACGAAGCACCCAGCAGCCAACUGCCGCAAACGGAGCAUCCGAGGGAGAGCGUGCGGCCGCCACAGCCGACAUGAGUGACUCGCAGAGACUGAGUGAGGGGCAGCUUUCUAAAGUGUCUGCAAAAUCGGACAAGAGUCCCUUGUUGCCAGUCGCAGAGGAAGAGGAGGCCAUGCCAGAGGCUGCAGAUGUGAUAUCAACUGGGGUGAACUCACCAGACAAAGACAAGUCAGACAGCAAGAAGACUGCGAUCACACCCGACUCAAACUCAGCAGCCUCAGCUGGCUUAUUGAAGGAUCAAUCUGAAAAAGCGAAGGAUAUGACCUUUGACCCCACUGUCAGUGAGGGUAAUCUUCCAACAGUCCCUGCUGUGCAAGGCUCCAAAAAAGACCCUCUGACUCUGAGGAACAAGCUCAAGAAAGAAAUGAGCAGUAUGGAAGCCAUUGAGGAGCAAAAAGCUCAGGAUGGUGAGCCUUCAGUGGUCACAGAAAAAGAAGGUGACGCAUCCGUCAUCUCUGAAAACGCCAGCGAUUCCACCAAAGAUGACAAGAACAGUCUGUCGCCAAGUGACAAAGAGAUAGAGGCGGAGUUUCACCGUCUCUCUCUGGGCUUCAAAUGUGACAUGUUCACCCUGGAGAAGAGGCUACGUCUUGAGGAACGCUCACGGGACCUGGCUGAGGAGAACGUUCGUAAGGAAGUGAACAGUUGUAAAGGUCUGCUGCAGGCCCUGAUUCCACGAUGUGAGGAAGAUAACCAGUCCAUGGAGAUCAUCCAUCGUCUGCAAAAGAACCUAGAAGUCCUCAUUCAGUCCAUGACCAGAGUGUCCAGCCGUUCAGAGAUGCUUGGAGCCAUUCAUCAGGAGACCAGAGUGGGCAAAACGGUGGAGGUGAUGAUUCAGCAUGUGGAAAACUUGAGGAGGAUGUAUACCAAAGAGCAUGCAGAGCUGGUGGAGCUCAGAGAGAACCUCACGCCGAAUGAGAGGUCCUUUGGGUCCCACACUGAGAGGGAUGAUUUCCGUAACAAGAAGCAGUCAACUGCAAACAUUUUCAAAACCACUAGCAGACGCAUCAGUAUAGCUACCAUUCCUCGCAGCAGUGGAGGACAGACCCAUUUUGACAUGCCCAAAGACAUGGCGGAAACUGAGGUAGAGAGACUCUCCCGUCGAUCACCAUGGAGCAUGGCAGCCAAGAGGCCACCACUAAAGCGCUUCAUUAGCUCUGGUACUUGGGCUGACAUUGACGAGCCCACUCUGAUGAAUAGGUAUGGAUAUGACACAGACUCUCACUCGGAGGAGGAGCGGAAAGAGGAACGAGCAGAAAGGAGUAGCAGCAUAACGGAAUUAGGCAUCAAAAUCACUUCCUUCAUAAUGCCAACUAAGAUUCCCAGCCCCAGCCCCAGCCCGACAGAUCACGCUCCACCCAGUCUGACCGAUGGGAGGCCCGCAGUUUCCCGAGGCACCAGGGGCAUUUGGAUUUGGGUGGCCUUGCUUGUAGUUCUAGCUGUUCUACUGGCCCUGCUGGCGAGCCUGAUGUUACAGCCUGCAGUAGAUGCAGCACCUGUGGGCACCGGGGACUCCUGGAUGACCAUCCAGCAGCUUCUGUGGCCCUAUACUGGGCUGAGGCACAACGGCCAGCCCCCUGUGUGACACCAGGGGGUCGGCAAGGCUGCAGAGGCCAGUUCUGACUGUGAUGCAACACUACUGCCUGUCCUCUUAAAAGAACACUUUGUGACCGCUUCUCACCGAAGGUAAAAAGAAAUGUGGGCGUCUUGAGAAAGAUGUGCUGAAAACCGCUCAGAUGCUGUGUACACAAACCGUUGGGUUGGCCGCAUAUAUUAUAAACACUUUUGAGACGGUCAGUGCCAGCCGGUGACACAGUGGAUAUUUGGAUUAGAGUGAGAUGAGCACACUGCAACAGUGUGAAUGUCAAACAUCAUUUCGGUUGCCUGAAAAGGCUGCCUUUUUUUAAACAUUUUCAAAUUGAUCAGUGUAUUUUUAUGGGCAGUUUGAAAGAGUAUUGAGAUGAAACCUUUUUAAAAAAAUAUUUUUUCUUUUUGUUAACUUAUUUUAAAGUUUUAUGCAGUAGAUUUUUUUUCUCAAAUAUUAUUGUUACAAACACAUGGUUUUUAUCCUCAAGCUGUUGGUAUGGUGUUCACUGUAAGAAGUUCAUACACUUUUGUAUGUUCCAAAGAGGGGGGAGGAAAACUUUGCACAAUAAAAGAAACUGAUCCAA